GCUUACGCUUCUGGGCGACACAGUCAAGACUCAAUAAUAUCUCAACGGAGCUUGGAUGUAACGAUUUCUAAAGAAAAUCUGCAGAAUGGUGCUGGCUGCUGACUGGCUAUCGCGGGUUUGUGGAAAUCACAUCACGCGAACUUAGACGGAUUCAGUAAUAAUUUGAAUAAUUAUUCAUAAUAACUUAUAUAACAGUCAGUUCAAAAAAGGUGUCGCUCAGUUGAUCGGAGCGUGUUGUGUUUAUAGAUUGCAAUUUUGUGAAUGUUGAAGAUAUCUUGACGUUAUACUCUGAUGGACAUGCUGCACUGAAUUUAAUAUUGAACUACUUAAAUGUCAGAAAACACAAACUUUAACAUACACGUGGGGUAAUUUGCUUACCGGCGUUUAUCGACAGAACAUGAAACGCAUGAAAGGGUUUUCCCACAAGUCUCAUCUGACGGAUGCCAGCGAUGCAACGGAAGCAACCUGAGUCAUUCAGACUGAAUAUAAAGAAUGAAUGUUUUGUGCAAUAAUGAAUCGCUGGAACAAACCAAGAACAGAAUCAAGCUUCUUCAAUUAACUGGCGAGAUGAAAUAAACUUCAAAUCUUUCAACCGACUCGAAGAUGGAUGAUCAUAACUACAAAGACGUGUACAUCGAUUAUGAAGCAUCAUUUAAUACGACAGCCUAUUACGAUUAUGAAUAUAUUUUUAAUUUAACGAACCUAUGCCAAAAUGAUAUGCAGAAACUAAUAGAGAGUAUACCAGGCUAUUCACUCUGUAUGAUUACUUUGUUGCCAAUUUUAUGUGUAUUUGGGAUCAUCGGAAUUAUUGUGACAAUUAUUGUGCUGAGUCAUAAAAGCAUGUCCACCUCGACAAAUAAUUAUCUUAUAUCUAUAGCAGUAACCGACCUAUUGUUCUUGAUAGUACUUGGUGUGCGAGUUUUCGACACUCGGCUCGAACGUGUUACCCACCACUAUUACCUAGUGGUUAUGACGUACGGAAGUAUUGUUAUAAAGGUUUUUCUCUUGGCCUCGAUUUGGCUGACCGUCAUGUUAACAGUGGAACGAUACAUUGCUAUUUGUCAUCCACUUCGUGCAAUGACACUGUGUACCGUUGUACGUGCCAGAAUUAUCAUUAUAUCAAUCGUCGUUAUUGCCAUUCUGUAUCAUACCGUUGAUAUAUUUAGAUAUGAAGUUCAGUUUCACUGGGAUCCAUGUGUGGAACAAGACGUGCCUGCAAUACAUUAUACACAACUAGGACUAAAUCAAGAAUUUCGUAAAGUGUACAGCUGGGUGGAUUGUUUUCUUCUUGCAGGUGCCCCAAUUAUAUUGGUUUUCAUUCUAAACAUAUUACUGAUAUUAGAAAUACAUCGUUCAACAAAAUAUUUGCGCUAUCACUUGGCGAACGACUCUAACGUACGGACAAUCAUCUCGAAGGAGGAAAAGAGACUAACAUGGAUGCUUAUCAUGGUUGUGAUUGUGUCCGUUGUGUGCCAAGGACCUUACAUCAUUCUCAGUAUGUUAAAGAGACUGUUUCCUCCAGACAUACUUUUUGCACAUUUUACCACAAUAACCUAUGUAACCAUAUUGUGGCUACUGAUGAGGUCUUCCUUUAACUUUAUCAUAUACUGUUGGUUUAGUGAGAAGUUUUGGAACACGUUCAAGCGGACCUUAUGCGCAGCAAAUUGGAACCGAAGCUUAUACACCAAGUUCUGUAACAAUAGUGAACAUGGACUAAGUAAUAACAACCGCAAGAUCUCUGUAAUACAUAGCAAAGAAACUACUUGUUAAAACUAGAACAAUGUGUAGCGUAUUUUAGACACGAUUACAUAAAUAUACGUGUUUUAUUCGUAGGAAGUAUUAAAACACAAUGUGGAAUGUACCAAGUGAAAAUUAAGAAAGUUUACAUCAUAUCUUUUUGUUUUAGCAUAAUAUUAAAAACAGACUAAAGAAGAUGCAUUGUUUAACAUGUGAAAAGGUAAAAUAUAUUGGAAUUAUAUUUAUCUCAUUGGCAAUAUGUUCAUAUAAUAAAACAUAAUAGUAAAUCAAACAUACUUGUCAGAGUAAACAUAAUGGUGGUGUACAAAUCAAAUUGAAAAGGAUUAACGAUAUGUUGAUUGUAAUUCUGUACAAAUAUUUGUUUUGCGUGUUGUGUUUGUGUGUUUUUUGUGUACGCAUAUCUAUUUAUAUAUGUAUGUAUAUGUGUACAAAUGGCACAUAUUUCAACCUUAAUGGCAUUUUAACUAUAGUUAUUACACCUGUAUCCACAAAGCGCAUAAAUGGGUUGUCAUACUUAAUUCAUAUAAUGCGAGGGGCAUUAUAAUCGGUUAAAAUGCGGCGGAGCAAUGAUAAAGGUCGUAGACUAUUUAAAACAUGUUUGUUUUAAUAAUAAACAAACUCAUUUACCAUAACGAUUGUUAAAUUUUUUAAUAUUAAAAUAACAUUUACCACCAAGUCAAUUUAUGAUAUUGAAAGGAUUUUUUUAACAAGUUAUAUUACUUACACUAGUACAAUAUACCUAAUGUGUAAGAUGGUAUCAGAGUGACAACUGCAAAAUAUGAUGUUUUUACACCCAGAACACUAGCAACCCAUGAAUGUUAGUCGAGUUUACCUUCUAUUUGCCUCUCUGUCUCUCUAAACUACACAUACAUUCAAAGCCUUGUAAUCUCUUUUGUAGCGUUAUCACACUAAGCUUUAUUUUUAUAAAUGUUUUUUGUUUUCUAUCGCUUAUGUUAUUCUUUGAAAUAAUAAAUUAAAUAUAUAUUCGAAUCCAAAUAUUAUGUACAUUGCAAACAUAUUGCUACAUGUUAACAACUGCAUGCAUAUAUAUAUAUAUAUAGAUGUGUGUGUUUUUUUGUUACGAUAUUAUAUAAAGUCAUGAUUUUACUUUCAAGAUUAAAUAACUAUGUUCUCUGAAAAUCACAAACAAUAUGUUUAAGCAUGUGCUGUUAAUUUUAAUUACAUAUGAACCGUCUUUUUUGACAAAGUCGUUUGGCUCCAACAGUUGUUUUCGACUUCUGUGUUAUUUGGUCAACGUAAGGCAUAUUAACUGCAUUUACCGUUGCAUCGAAUAUUCCGUAUCGCGAUAAUACAUGCAAUCGUUCAGGGAGAAAACCCGAAACCCGUUGUCUUACGAGGAGAGAUUUAAGCACAUUUAUUCCCAAUAUGACACAUUAUUAGUGACACAUUCUUUCACUGAACGUUUGUUCCGGUCAUCAACAGUAGCCCGACUUGCGAUGAUUUUGACCCUGUGUUAGCAAUAUGUGACACUGAGGCGUACAGAGCAAAUUGAAUUUUCCCGGUUAGACUGAUGAACAUACAUUUGCAUUUUCUGAUAACUUUUGUAGAAUUUAUUUUCUGGACACACUUAUUUUCUUGGACGGUAUUUUUGGUUUAAAUGGUCCUUUUCACAGAUUGUGUCAUUAAAUGCUUCAUAUUGAUAAAUGUAAACAUUAGACCUAAAAAGCUCCAGUAAAAGUCAAAGAUACAAUUAAAGAAAGAAAGAAACGUAACCCAUAACUGUGUUCGAACCACUGACCCCUGGAUUAAAGGUCUAACGCUUAGACCACUCGGCCAACCGUGCUCAUAUAAUGAAUGAUGUAUUUUAUUCUUUUUAUAAGCAAUCCUCGUAGUGUCGCAAAAUAUAACGACAACAAACGAACUCUCCAAAUUAUUCAAUCGUUUCGCAUUGCAACGCUUUAUAAUUUUCAUGUUUUUAAACCGUCAACAGAUGCAUAAUUAUAAUGUAUAUUUUAAAGCAUGACAAUCGUUCAGUACUACUCUUUCCUCAUAAAUAUCAUAACUUCUACAAACAUUUGCGAUUCUGAAACUUUUUUUGAGUGUUGUCAAUUUUCCAAAACGUGAACAGUUCACUUAAAGCCAUCAAUCGUCUCCAAGAUCAGUUCAGAAAAUAAUAUGCUCCGUUUGACCUAUCAAGCAAUAUGCUCCGUUUGACCUAUCAAGCAAUAUGCUCCGUGUGACCUAUCAAGCAAUAUGCUCCGUGUGACCUAUCAAGCAAUAUGCUCCGUGUGACCUAUCAAGCAAUAUGCUCCGUUUGACCUAUCAAGCAAUAUGCUCCGUGUGACCUAUCAAGCAAUAUGCUCCGUUUGACCUAUCAAGCAAUAUGCUCCCUUUGACCAAUCAAUCAACCUUUUAUAAUUUAAAAAGAUCUGUAAACAUAUUCUAAGAUGAUACCGUUCAUAAUUGCUCAGAAUGACGACGAUUUCCUUCAACGGAAAGAUGUAGAUAGGGCUUUUUUUGUAUCAACUGGUUUCAAUAUAAUGCCGUAAACAUGUUUGUUGUAUUACAACGUUGCUAUGCUCAUGCCAUUGCCUGUCCUUUAUGGAAUACACGAUACUCGGGGUCAUUUAAAAAAAAAUGAUCUUGAAUUAGGGGACAUUGCGUCCAUUAAAGGCUUUCCCAGACAUUUUGUUUGCCGAUUUGGUCCCUGCCAUUAUAAAUGCUGUAAACUGGGGAGUUAAGAUCGGACUAUAAACGCGUCUUGCAUAAGCUUGUCGCCAAAAAUUUGAUCAAGAUUUUGUAUUGUACUCCACCGACUAGGUCAUCAUAGGUGUCAAUUGGUGAUAUAUUGCAAAACCAAUAUCUUGCUUUUAUUCGCGAUUUCGCUCUAUAUGGAACUAACGAAACAGUCGAUAUUACCUGCUAUGGAUUCUCCGUUCAAUAUUGCUUAGCUUUUCGACGAUUUCUUCAACGGUAAUAUUAAUAAAUGACCCUGUUUGUUUUUUCUGGAAUAUAUGAGCAUAAAAAUAUGUUUCUCUACGAAGUGUUAAACUAAACGUCUUUAUUUUAUCCCUGCAAACCUUCCACAGUGUUAUUGAAGAAAUAUUUUCUUUUAGACCUGGAUCUGUUUGUUAAAUGUGUUUGGAAUAACUUCUGUAUAGAAUUCAAUCCUGAUAUAUAUGAAUUUAAAUCUCUGAUGACAAAUCUUAACUUAUACGCGUUAUGCUUGAUAUAAAUAUUAUACUGAAUAGCAUUGACCUAGGCAUCCAGAUAUAAAGUACAAUUUGAGUAGGAUAAAAUAACACUAUGGUUGUGUGCUGAAUAUGUAAGGAUACCAUGCAUGUGUUGUUUUAUUUGCCUUAUUAACAGUGUUAUAUAGAACAUGUAUGGUUUUAGCAUAUUCAUUCUAAGUAAAUGAUGUAUUUAGAGCCAAUAAAGUUUAUGAUUAAAACAA